AAGCGCCCUCCGGCGGCCGUGCGCUCAACCCCACCAGGCGGUUCUUGAACAGCCCGAGGGGGCGGCGGGCCGCAGUAGCCCUCUGAGCUGCUUUCCCUCGCGCCCGCUCCGGGGCCGCAGCGGAUGGGCGGCCGCGGGCCGCGGGGCAACAGGCGGGGAACGGGUGCGAGCCGGGACCGGGAGGGGCGGACGCGCAAAGGGGCCGCGGGGCGGCCGGGCGGGGCGCGGGCCGGCGGUUUGGGAGGGCGCCCCGCGUCCGAGAGGUGAGCCGGGCCCUGACGCUGCGCGGGUUCCGCGUCGCCCCCGCCGCGCCAUGGCGGAGACCAAAAUCAUUUACCACAUGGACGAGGAGGAGACGCCGUACCUGGUCAAGCUGCCCGUAGCUCCCGAGCGCGUCACGCUGGCAGACUUCAAGAACGUGCUCAGCAACCGGCCGGUGCACGCCUACAAAUUCUUCUUCAAGUCUAUGGACCAGGACUUCGGGGUGGUGAAGGAGGAGAUCUUCGACGACAAUGCCAAGUUGCCCUGCUUCAAUGGCCGUGUGGUUUCUUGGCUGGUCCUGGCUGAGGGCGCUCACUCGGAUGCAGGGUCCCAGGGCACUGACAGCCACACGGACCUGCCCCCACCCCUUGAGAGGACAGGCGGCAUUGGGGACUCCAGGCCCCCCUCCUUCCAUCCAAAUGUUGCCAGUAGCCGAGAUGGAAUGGACAAUGAGACAGGCACAGAGUCAAUGGUCAGUCAUCGGCGGGAGCGAGCCCGACGUCGAAACCGUGAUGAGGCUGCCCGGACCAAUGGGCACCCAAGAGGGGACGGGCGGCGGGAGCUGGGACUACCUCCAGACAGUGCGUCCACUGUACUGAGCAGUGAGCUUGAAUCUAGCAGCUUUAUUGACUCAGAUGAGGAGGACAACACGAGCCGGCUGAGCAGCUCUACAGAGCAGAGUACCUCCUCUCGGCUAAUUCGUAAGCACAAAUGCCGUCGUCGGAAGCAGCGCUUGAGGCAGACAGACCGGGCAUCCUCCUUCAGCAGCAUCACCGACUCUACCAUGUCCCUGAACAUCAUCACCGUCACUCUCAACAUGGGUGAGGCCUUGUGGGCUGUGGGUGCUUGGUGGGGGGUGGGUACAGGCCUUGGGAGCUUUUGGGGCCUGCUCAUGGCCCCUCCUGCAGAGAGGCACCACUUCCUGGGCAUCAGCAUCGUGGGCCAGAGCAACGACCGGGGUGAUGGCGGCAUCUACAUUGGAUCCAUCAUGAAGGGCGGGGCUGUGGCUGCUGAUGGCCGCAUUGAGCCAGGCGACAUGUUGCUGCAGGUAAAUGAUGUCAACUUUGAGAACAUGAGCAACGAUGAUGCCGUGCGGGUGCUUCGGGAGAUCGUAUCCCAGACGGGGCCCAUCAGUCUCACAGUGGCCAAGUGCUGGGACCCAACCCCUCGGAGCUACUUCACCAUCCCAAGGGCUGACCCAGUGCGACCCAUCGACCCGGCUGCCUGGCUGUCCCACACAGCAGCACUGACCGGUGCUCUGCCCCGCUAUGGUACGAGUCCCUGCUCCAGCGCCAUCACACGCACCAGCUCUUCCUCACUAACCAGCUCAGUGCCUGGCGCCCCACAGCUUGAGGAGGCACCACUGACUGUGAAGAGUGACAUGAGUGCCAUUGUCCGCGUCAUGCAGUUGCCAGACUCGGGACUGGAGAUCCGGGACCGCAUGUGGCUUAAGAUCACCAUUGCCAAUGCUGUCAUUGGGGCGGAUGUGGUGGACUGGCUGUACACACACGUGGAGGGCUUCAAGGAGCGAAGGGAGGCGAGGAAGUAUGCCAGCAGCAUGCUGAAGCAUGGUUUCCUGCGGCACACGGUGAACAAGAUCACCUUCUCUGAGCAGUGCUACUAUGUCUUUGGUGACCUGUGCAGCAACCUCGCAUCCCUGAACCUCAACAGUGGCUCCAGUGGAGCCUCAGAUCAGGACACACUGGCCCCACUGCCCCACCCAUCUGUACCCUGGCCCUUGGGUCAAGGCUAUCCCUACCAGUACCCAGGACCCCCGCCCUGCUUCCCACCUGCUUACCAGGACCCUGGCUUCAGCUAUGGCAGUGGCAGUGCUGGGAGUCAGCAGAGUGAAGCCUUAGACUGAAGGACUAGCAGAGUGGACCCUCGGGCCGGGAGCAAGAGCAGUGGGUCCACAAGGAGCAGCCAUCGGACCCCAGGCCGAGAGGAGCGCCGGGCAACUGGAGCUGGGGGUAGUGGCAGUGAAUCAGACCACACAGUACCAAGUGGGUCUGGUAGCACUGGCUGGUGGGAGCGGCCUGUCAGCCAGCUUAGCCGUGGCAGUAGCCCUCGAAGUCAGGCUUCAGCUGUUGCCCCAGGGCUCCCUCCACUGCACCCCCUUACCAAGGCCUAUGCAGUAGUGGGUGGGCCACCUGGAGGGCCACCUGUCCGGGAGCUGGCUGCUGUUCCUCCAGAACUUACAGGUAGCCGCCAGUCCUUCCAAAAGGCCAUGGGAAACCCCUGUGAGUUCUUUGUGGACAUCAUGUGAUGAUCAACCAGUGUCUUCAGUGCUGCCUGUGGCGAGAGUCUGUGUUCCUGCUGUGCCAGGAGCUCUAUGGGCUUGCCUUAGUGGUGGCCGGCCAGGAUAGGUCAGUCGUGGGGUCUGGGCCAGGGCAGAGGGAGCAGGCAACAGAAGAAGGGCUGAGGGCAGCCAUACCACCAAGAUAUCAGCUUGAUAUUUUGUCUGCUCUUGGGGCUGCUGGUGGUGGUGCAGCUCAAGUAUCUGUAGUCUUGUAAGGAGACAUCUCUGUCUUUAAGUCCUCAGCACAGAUCUCAGGGACCACCUCCUGGUUCCUUUUUUGGAAGUGACCUCCAUUUAGGACAAGAAAGGCUCUCUUGGGCUCUGUCACCCCUUUCCCCAAAGUCUCCCAGAACUGCACAGGGGCACAGGCUGACCGUCACUAAGUUUAUGGGCCUCACCUGUCAGGCCAAGGUGGGGUUCUUGAGGGGUUAGACAGAGCCCUCAAACCUCUCUGGCUGCCCAGGUGGGGUCUAACUUCCUUAUUUAUUGCUAGCUUGCCUGCUCCAAGGGCGGCAGCUGGGCACCCAGUGGGGCAGUUUGCACGCCCCUUUCCUCACCUGCAACUCGGCACAUAACAGCACAGUUUGUGUUGAAGGUAUAUGGAGGAUGGCUGGUAGGGAAGGCAGGAGAGAGGCCUGGCACUUAUCUACUGUCUCAGUCUCAAUGGCGGGUAAGAGUGAACACAAGAGCUGCAGAUGUGGGGUCCUGUCCUGUCACUGUUCUCCUGGUGGCUGCCCAUCAGCAUGUGCCACUGCCAUCUCGGCACAGCAGCCCCACACAUCUACACGAGACACUGUGUCAAGAAGUCUGAGCGACUGGGUAGUUCACAUAGAGCUGCUUCUGUGUAAAUGCUGCUUCUGUGUAAAUGCUAUUUUAAACACUAAAAAAAGCGUUUAAUUUUAUGGGA